CGAGCACUAAUCUGCUGUUGAAUAGGUCGAUUCGAGGAGGAACAAAUGUUACACACGAUUUUCCAGCAACACGCCAACCUGCCGCUUUGACGGCUUUUGUUUGUCCCCAACAUAAUUCACCGUCCUAUAUGCAUCACAACGGCAGGAUGAGAGAAUAUUCAUCAGGAUUAAACCUAAUAGUAUUAGAGGAUUAUUAUUAGGAUUGGAAUUAUGUGAUACUUGACUGGUCCCGCAUAAUGAUGCCUGCAGACAGUAGGCCUAUCUAAAAUAUUGCACAGGUUUGGCGACAUGUGGGAAUGGGUUUGAUUUUCUACCUUGGUAGUUUUGAAGAAAAGGAUGGCAUUGCUUUUUUGUUUCAGUUAUAAAAUUACGUUUGACGAAUCCACUGUCCUUGAGAGAUAACACCUUUAUGCCUAGGCCUAUUUACAACCCCCCUAAUCUGAAUCGGGUAACCUGCGACUCAUCGCGCCCAGUGGUGGGGGGUAUUCGAUUCACAUGCUAAAUUUUUUAGAACCUCUGAUUUUAAUUAGUGACGUAUAAAAAUCCCCGAUUCGUUAAAGUCGUCACCUGAGCAGCCAGCAUUCAGAGGCCAGUAACUUUUCAGAAGAGAGUUGGUUGACAGUAUGGCUGCAUCUACCGUUAGUUGCCAGAUCAGGCUGGUUGACGCAAAACCAGUUUUCACCAUAGACAGCAUCCUUGGGUUGAAUUUGGACAGGCCAGGACUACAAAAUGUGUCUGUGAAGCUGUAUCGACCUUGGACAGGUAAAAUACUAUUUAUUUCUCUCUAGUAAAUUCUGAUAAUAAUGUAUGUCAUUGUCUGUGGAGUUAUAUUAGGUUAUGUCUGGUGUUUUUCAGAAUUGGAACCAACGCAACAGAGAAGUCACACCAUAGUCAAUAGACCAUCGGAGCCUUCCUCAAAGAUAAAGGGGACAGAAGAUGAGCAGAAGCUCAACUGUAAACAACACUUUACGGAGUCCUACAGGAGAACAUUAAACUGGUACAUUGGGCGCAGGCCGCGGACGGCUUUCAGUAGCACACAGAUUGAAGUCUUGGAGAGUGUGUUUCUCAUCAACUCAUACCCGGGUAUUGACAUCAGAGAAGAACUGGCACAAAGGUUACAUCUGGAUGAGGAUAGAAUACAGAUCUGGUUUCAGAACCGCAGGGCCAAGCUGAAACGUUCUCACAGAGAGUCACAGUUCCUCAUGGUGAAAAAAGCCUUCGCAGAUCUCAAGGACAAAGAAGAGGAAGAGUCCUUAUGAUAAACACAGACCUUAUAGGGGCCUUAAUUACCUUAAUUAAGGACCUCUCGCCCUCUCUUUCUCUCUCUCUCUCUUUCUCUCUCUCUAUAUAUAUAUUUAAUAUAUUCUGAUGUGAAUGUACAUUUUUCUAGGGCAGCGUUUCCCAAACUCGGUCCUCGGGUCCCCAAGGGGUGCACGUUUAGCUUUUUGCCUUAGCGCUCCUAACAUUACACAGCUGAUUCAAAUAAUCCAAGCUUGAUGAUGAGCUGAUUAUAUGAAUCAGCUGUGUAGUGCUCGGGCAAAAAGUCAACAAAACCUGCACCGAGUUUGGGAAACCCUGUUCUAGGGUAUGUUCAUUUUUAUAAACGGAUAAGACCAUUGUCAAAUACAUUUGUGGGUACGGCGUUUAUUGAGCUAUAUUGGCAAAAAAAAAUAUGUUCUCCAACAAUAGAAUACAUUUCUGUAAGUUUAGAUGAUUAAAUUAUUUAGUUUGCAAGCAGCUGCAGGUUGUGGGUGUUCCCAGAACGUCCAGAGAUAAGCUCUCCUUAUUGUUCGAGAAACACCCCGGUAGGAACCAAUUUGUCUCCUUCAGUAGCGCCUCAGCAAGGCAAUUAAGUUUAGGGGAGUGAGAGACAAAAGAGUAGCAGUGAGGCAGCCUGCCCUGCAGGCAACAGGAAGGAGAUAGUAUAAAGGUUUAGAUCGUAGAGAAAGCUUUGAGAAAAGAAAGAAAAGUAUAUUUAAGAUCAUUUCAGAUAAUUGCAUUUAUGCUUGGCAGGCACCUCUCUUUUCUGACUAAAGAAGUAGGCCCAUAUAUUUCUACUUGUGGUGUCAUGCAGUAAAAUAAAGAUAAGGAACAGGGAAUUUAAGUUUACAACUCAAACCAAUAGGCAACCUCUUGACUAACCCACUACUCUGCUAACAUGGUAUGGCUGCAGUUUCACUGUCUUAACACAGGAGGGUGCUAAAGAAUAUCAAACGAUUCUCUCUGUCUCUCUCCCCCCUUUCUCUCUGUCUAGUCCUUUGCCCCCUACUCUAAAUCUCUGAGUCUA